AUGCCAUGUUAUCCCAUCAUCCAUUUCCUUCUUGAGACUUUUUGCUUUGCCUUCGGACACGUGCCAUGGGAGCCUAGGAACUACGCGGCAGUGAACCUGUACCUCGGGCUGAAGCAUGCCGCCCUGUGGCAUGAUGCCGAGGCUCAAGCCAGCGGAGAACUCCCAAAAUACGCCGAGCAAACAAAGAUCGCCAUGGCUUUGCUCCAGCAUGCCGUCCGCGCUGCUCGCGCCCCCCAGAGCAUCCUCCGACAGGCGCUUCCUACGGGCAGCCGAUGGCUGGCGGUGCUCCGCCCGGAGGCAAAGCCUUUGCCCGGCCAAGUCGCGCAGAACCCGGUGUCGCAGGCUGCAGGACUCGGCGAGCCAAUGACCAAGCGCCACGCCGGAGUUUCCGUGCUGGGAUGUGCGAUUGCCAUGGUGGCAGUGGGUGGCUGCGCACAGGGUAUUGGACAACUCUUCGCUGCGCUGGUCGUGGGAAUGGCUCGUAACCCAUCCAUGAAGGAGGACCUCUUCACCUACACGUUGAUCGGGAUGG